AUGGUGUCCGACAACAAGACGGUUAAUGGGCGAAGACCACGCUUAUCGGCCCCGGAUCCUCAAUUCGCUACGAUUCUUGUCGGCGAAGGUGAAGCCCAGCAACGCUUCGUCGUUCACGAACAGCCUCUGAUUCAGCACUCCAGGUUCUUCCGUGCUGCUCUUACGGGGGACUUCAAAGAAGCCCAUGACAAGAUCGUCGAGCUAGAAGAGGAUGAUCCACAAAUCUUCGAGUUCUUUGUGCAUUGGCUCUACUUCCAGCGAUUUCCUGAUCAUGGACGAGCUGCGGACGAAGGGUUGGAGAAGGCAUGGAUAAGCGAGGGAGAACAUGGUGGGCUUGGGAAGUCCGGCAAUCUCAUCCACCUCUACAUCUUCGCCGACAAAUAUCAUGUCAAAAAUCUGACCACGAAGGUUAUCGACGAACUUUUCUAUCACCUUGAAGACCCCGAGAUAACUCUGCCUUAUGAUGAGGAUAUCGCAUACGCGUUCGACCAUCUCAACAAGGAGUCACCUUUGUGUCGUCUCCUCAUCGAUGCGUAUUCGUACGGGGGCGGCGAAGAUCAUUGGAUCGAAGCCGAAGUUGCACAGUGGUCGAACACAUUCCUGGCCGGUAUACUGCGCCGCUAUGCACGAAUUGCACGAGGUGAUUUUUCAAAUUCGAGGGACUCCGGUCUCAACCUCUGCGAUUACCACAAGCAUGAGAGCGAAACAGAAAGACAGGCUUGUCUGACGGAACAAGAUGAGCGAGUCUGA